CCAAUUAAUAAAGGUAUAAGGGUAAGUAUAGAUUUGCUAAGUGACAUAGUGACACGAAUAUAAAGCAGGUCAUUCUUUGGAUCAAGUAACAUACACUAUAAAGUAUUGUUUUGAAAUCAUUUCAGUUAUACGAAACAUACAAACAAGUAUUAUAUUGACAUGUAUUCAAAUCAUAUUUAAGAAUGGUAUGGAUAAUUCAUUUGAUAAUUAAGGAGACGUGUUAUAAAAAUGGAGAAAAAAUUAAAGGCGGGACCAGAUUGGAUGUCGAAGCUCCCACCUGUAUUAUGGGAUCACCCUUUAAACUCUUUGGCCAUACCAGGAAGCCAUCAUUCCUUCAGUUUCUACACGGACAAGGAAGCAAGAAUAGACCGUCCAAGUGAUCCAAUUUACAGACAAUUUGUUGAGGAAUUUGGUGAGCUUGCAGGCGAAAUAUCUUACAGAUGGACUGUUACUCAAACAACCACAUUCACACAACAACUCAAUCUUGGUAUCCGAUACUUUGAUAUAAGAGUGACAGCACGUGGCGAGGAAAAGGAGGAUAAAAACGUUUACCUAAGAAACGGUCCAAACGUCUUGCAAGCUCUAAAAGAAUUCAAAGUGUGGAUUGGAAUGCAUCCACAAGAGGUCAUCAUUAUAGACUUUCGGGUUGUGAACAAAAUGAGCCCAUUGCAUCACAAGUACCUUCUGGCAAACAUUACCCAAGAUUUGUUUGAAGAGAAAUUGUUGCCGUACACAGGUAACGUGAAGGGAAUAACUUUAAGGAAUAUGUGGUCGUUAGCAAAGCAAAUCAUUGUUAUAUACCCGAAAGAGUGUACAUAUGGAUAUUCAUCUGUGUGGCCAAACGAUUGCACUGAAUACGUCAUAACAGAAAGUCAAUCAGCAAAAGAUUUAUUUGAGAAACUAGAAUCAAAAUAUCAACAUGGGCGAUCGCCACACAUGUUCUUGUGUCAAAAUGGCGUGAUGACUCCCACCAGGACUUAUCUAGACACACAUUUCCAUGGCACUCUGAAACAUAAGUUGUCAAUGCCAGCUACAAAGACUAUCUUAUACUGGGCAAUGGAUAAAGACAUUAGUUUUGGUGAUGUGAAUAUAAUUGUGGCUGAUUUUGUUGAGUCUAGCGAUUUUUGCAAUAAGGUUGUUUCUAUAAACACUGAAAUAAAACCAAGACCAAAAAAUCAUAGUUUUGAACCAGAAAGUCGCGCAUGCAUUUUAUUGUAAAACAACAUUUGUAUAUUUUGUUUCUUUUGAAAAUGCAAGCUAGAUAUAUGUUAACACAUCCAAGUUAGAAAUGCUCUCUUUAGUUUCAAAUUAUCCUUAUUUUAAAGCUCGACUAUUCGAAGCAUAGGCCGGGAGAGUUAUUGUACCCCCC